AUGGAGUAUCUGGUAGUGGUCAAUCUUCUUAGACUGGUCAAUGAUAUCCGCCUAACUUGGAAACGUGGAGCGGAGGUGAACAACCCUCGGUGCUUGUUUCGUUCCACCAGCCUAGGACAGAUCGCCAUAAUCACAGGGGGACAUGAUGUCAAUGGCGUCAUACACAAUUCUGCAGAACUAUAAUUCAGGGGCUCGGACUUGGCCAUGUGGAGUAUGCACCGGCCGAGGAAGAUGUACUCCGGUGUUCUCAUGAAUAAGUAGUAUGUCGUUGGCGGAACAGGCGUGAAUGGGCAGCAUCUAACUUUUGGGAAGGAGUUUGAUCUCUAGACGAAAGAUGUACUCCGGUGUUCUCAUGAAUUAGUAUGUCGUUGGCGGAACAGGCGUGAAUGGGCAGCAUCUAACUUUUGGGAAGGAGUUUGAUCUCUAGACGAAGACCUAGCGGGUCAUUCAGAACUUGUUCCCUCCGGAGAAUGGAGCGAGUGGUGCACCUCCCCUGGUUGCAGUUGUGAAGAAUGAGCUCUACAGAGCAGACUAUGCUGCAAAGAAGCUGAGGAAAUAUGGCAAGGAGAGCAACAAAUGGAUCAUGUUGGGAAGUUUGUAGGAGACGUUGGUUUCGAUGAACAGCAGGGGCCUCGCUUUCCGGGGAUGACAGGAGUGGCCGAGAGGUGUAUAUGGAGGGACAAUUGAACUCAACACAUGGGUUCCACAGGAUGGUCCUCCAGAGUAG